UCCAAAGUCUACUUAGGUUGCUAGAGGGGUGUGACGAGAAUUAGGGAAAAAAACAAGCGAUAAUCCAAAUCCACAAGUAAGUUUCGAGGGUUUUGGCGCACCGCGCACGCUCUGCUAUUGUUGCCGCUUCUCUUCUUCUUUAUUCCGACGCGCCUCUCAUAGUCAUAUAGUCAUGGGAAGCACUUUCGCAGAGAAGACGGAAGACGAGAUCCGCAAAGAGAUCGAUGAACUCCAACGCCAGCAACGCGAGAUUACCGAACGGCUUCGAGACCCUCGGGGGCUUCGCAGGGGACGAGUACCGGCCGCUGGUCCUCGCAACUUCGCCGCCAAUGGUGCUCGUCAGCGAGGUUUCACUCGACCCGCUGAUAGACCUGAGGCAGAAGAUCAGCCACCCGCGAAACGGCGACUUUCAUCGGCCGUUGUUAAGGUGGAAGAUGGAGAGAGCACUGAAGAUGCCCACGAAACAAAUGAUGUGAAUAAGGACGAUUCGGACAAGGAAGCAACUCCUAGGAGUUUGCAGCAGACUGGUUGGUCUAGGAGAGAUGAAAAUCAAAGAGCUACGAAGAUGGAUUCCGAUAUCCCGAGCAAUGAGCAUGUUCCAAGGGUAUUGCCUAAGGAUGAAGAUCCAAGCUUGGUUAAUAGGAACAGAAGAAUGCUAGGGCAGCUUCUGGGGACUUUGGAGAAAUUCAGGAAAGAAGAUAUGCAACUUUCAGGAACUGAGGCAUUCAUGCGAAGGUCAAAUUCUUUACAAAGAGCUGAACAAAGAGCACGAGAAGAAAGUGAAAGACUUAGGCAGCAAGAGCGGGAAAAGAUUGCGGAAAAGCGGAGGAGAGAUCUGACUCUGCGAGCACGUGUUUCGGCCAAGACGGAAGAGAAGAAGUUGGAAUUGCUGUUUCUUCAGUGGAGUGAGCACCACAGGAAACUUUGCAAUUUUAUAAGAACUAAGACAGAGCCUCCGAUCUAUUAUUUGCCUAAGAAGCCAUUGGAGGAGGAUGCAACUGCGGUUGAGCAGCGAAAAGAACAGGCGUUUGAAGAAUGGAAGGCUGCCAGGAGAGAGGAACUGACGGAGUAUCAGAAGCAGAUUGAGGAACAAUAUCUUGCUAAUGUGGAGAAGGACUUGGAGAGAUGGCAAAAUGCAAGGAAUAGGAAAGCAAAUAAUGACAUGUCAAACUUGCAGGAAACUAUGGACAAGGAAUUAGACACCCAUAGGCUUGAGCAUGGCCCCAAGAGAACGAAGAUUCCGAGCGGAAGCAACAACGAAGAGGAAGAUGAUGUCGAGGAUAUCAAUGUAGGGGAGGAUGACAUGAUGGAUGAUGUUCUUGAUGUUGAUGAUAACAGUAGGAGGGACGACGAGACAACUAGGGCAGAUAUGGCCGAUAAUGCCAGCCCAAAUGCUGAGAAAACUGACUAGUGGGGUCGAAGCCUUCAUAUGGCAUCUGUUAUAAAAGCGAGUCUGGUUAGAAUUUUUGGUAUGUCUGCAGCUCAUGCAUGCCUUCCUGGUAGGCAGUUUUUCCUCAUUGUUUCAAUAUUUACCCACCUUUUCUCUUGUUGGGUUUGAUUUAGGAUGGCGUUUUUCUCAUUUGAGAUCUCUUGGCUCAUUUUGCUUAUGUAGGAAAGAGAAUAGUUGUUUUAUAGGUUGACUUUGUGCAGUUUGUAUGGGCAUAUUUUAUUUAUUAUAUUUAUCUGUGUUUUUCAUUUUA